UGGACACAGAGGAAUGGCAAGUCGGUCUACCAAUCUAAAAGAGAACCUUCUUCUCCUCGCCAUUAAGUCAUUCCCCAGCAGUUGGUGAAAUCUCUCUUCUCUCUCCCCAAAUCGACAGAGUCUCCACACUGCGGUUCUAAUCCAAUCCAAUCCAUUCCAUUUCAACUCUUCCUAUCCAUAUCGGAUCAUUCUUUCUUAGUUUGGUUUCAAUCGCCUCUCUGUACUUUUUUCUCCGCUGUUGAAGUUCAUUAUCGCCGCAGAUUACACCUUCAAGAUACCCUUUUCCUUUUCGAUUAAUCUGUGCGUAUCCUUCUCGCGAACGACCCUGAUUUGGAUCUCUAUCUAUGGACCUGUGCUCAGUCAAAGCUCGAUGCUCUGUCCCCAAACCCUGCAAUCACUUGGCUGAUUACAAGCUCAAAUACGGUCGGACUGGCUAUGAUUCCCUCCGGAACAACUUUGUAACUGGCUCAAAUGGGAACACCAUAGUUUGUAUGCCCGAUAAGAAGAUACUCACAUGCUUUUUCUGCAAUGGGUAUCACGAAAGACUUUACCUUUGCUUGAUUUGCUCUUCCGUCUCUUGCUUGGAUCACACCCUCUUGCACACCCAAUCCGAUUGUGGACACGACAUAGCUGUCGACGUCAAAAGAUCCGAGCUUUACUGUGGGAGAUGUCGUGAUCAGGUCUAUGAUCCUGAUUUUGACUCAGCUGUGAUCAGUAAGUAUAAAAAGGACCUGAUAGUUCACAGAAAUGCUUUUGAGAGUAUCGGGGAGAGAUCGAGUAAGAGGAGGAGAUUGAGUUCUGCGAUAGAUUUGGAUUUGAAGAAGUGGAAGGAGCUGUCUUGUAUGAGAGAUCAGAGGGCGAAGUCUUGUUAUCCGAUGGGUUUGAGAGGAUUGAAUAAUUUGGGGAACACCUGUUUCAUGAAUUCUGUGUUGCAAGCAUUGUUACAUGCCCCUCCGUUGAGGAAUUACUUCCUUAGUGAUAAGCAUAACCGUGGAGCUUGCCAGAAGAGAUCGUUAGAUCGAUCCUGUUUACUUUGUGACAUUGACAUUAUCUUCUCGGCCAUGUUUUCGGGUGAUCGAGGCCCAUAUAGCCCAGCUCAAUUUCUGUGCAGCUGGUGGCAGCAUUCAGCAAAUCUAGCUAGUUACGAGCAGCAAGAUGCUCAUGAGUUUUUCAUUUCGCUGUUGGAUGGUAUCCAUGAAACGGAGAACAAACUAAGGGACAUGAACAAAGGUGCUGGAGAUUGUUCAUGUAUAGCUCACAGGGUAUUUUCUGGCCUGUUGAGAUCAGAUGUCACCUGUCUGACUUGUGGAUUCACUUCCACGACCUAUGACCCUUUUAUGGACAUUUCACUUCACUUGGAUCCGAGUCAUUGUUUUUCAACAGAGACAACUAAUAAAGGUUCUAAAUUGAAUGGAAGCACAAGCAUAUCUACAUCCACCCUUGUUGGAUGUUUGGAUCUUUUCACUAAACCGGAAAAGUUGGGAUCGGACCAGAAACUUCACUGCCAAAAUUGUCAAGAAAGGCAAGAUUCUUCGAAACAACUGUCCAUCGGGAGGCUCCCUUUGGCAUUGUGUCUUCAGGUAAAAAGGUUUGAGCACUCAUUGGUAAGGAAAACAUCGAGGAAAAUAGAUUGGCAUUUACAGUUCCCUUUCUCUUUGGACAUGAGCCCCUACUUGUCCUCCUCGAUUAUCAGAAAGAGGCUUGGGAAUAGAAUCCUUUCUUUUGAGGGAGAUGAAUGUGAUAUCUCAGCUGAAUAUGAGAUCUUUGCUGUUGUUACACAUUCUGGCAUGCUGGAAUCUGGACACUAUGUGACUUAUCUGCGCUUAAGAAAUCAAUGGUACAGAUGCGAUGAUGCUUGGAUAACCGAGGUCGAUGAGGCGACUGUCCGAGCAUCACAAUGUUACAUGAUCUUCUACGUGCAGAAGAUGCUGUACCACAAAGCCAAUGACGAAAUUGGUUGUGCACCAACUUCCUCACGGAGGGAUUCGCUUAUGUCAGUAGUAGGUUGCUGCUAGAGCAAGGCCUGUUGAUUGGUGUUUUCAAUAGGGUGGUUAUGGAGAUCGACACAAAUUGCAUGUGAUGGUUGACAUAAGGAUGGAGAGACGGAGGUUUAUGUGAUUGGGGUGAACCCCAAAAUGGGAAAAAGAUGCAAAGAUAAUUUUAGAGCAUCCCCUGCUUGGACAGUAUCAUCAGAGUCACUGUUAAGUGCUUAGUAUUCUUUAUGGGAUUCAUUCAUGUAUAGUGUACUCUGUCCUCACUACUAAUACACAGCAGCAUUAUGAAAAAGUCCAUUUGGCUUCAA